AUGCUGAAUUCAGUUACACUCACACGGAGCCGUCGUCCUGGUGCGGGUUCGCGCAUGGCACGACUGCUGAAUGAGGAAGAGGAGGAUGAGUUCUACACCAGCACCUACGGCGGUUUCACCGAGGUUCGUCAUCUUGUUUAGGUAUUUUGAUACCGUCAAACCUUUUUACUGAUUUCGUGAGAAGUAGUAUAUUUAUGCCCUAAUGUAUUCUGUGCCCCGUCAUUCCCAGGAAGCCGAUGACGUAGACUACGAGUCUGAGAGCUCUGUCCAGGAUUCAGUCGAUUCUGACUUUGUUGAAACAGAGGACGACGGAGAGGAUAACUCUGCCGCUGGAUCGGACGAUGAGGGAGAAAAGCACCGACGCACUAGACGCGUAGUUACAAAAAGUUAUAAGGUGAGCACACCCUCUAGGUGUUGCUCUAUUUCCACGUAUCAGGUAGUUUGACUUUUGUUUUUGCCCCAGGAUGCGUCAUACUAGGUGAAAACUAUGGUCCACUUAUGUAUAUCAGUGUUCUUAUGCUACUUUCUGGAAGGAUUAUGCCAUCUGAAAAGUCAUGCAGUCUGGAAACACCUAUUGGCAGACUUUGUGAUUGCCGAUAUCCCGUAAUUUUCUGCUUAGUCUUCUCUGGAAGCAGAAACGAGCAUCUUCGCUAAGGUUUUUACCUCCGUAGACAUUGUUGCGCUCGUAGCAAUGUUCCACUUUGUUUAAGACCUCGGACCCUCAACCUCACGCCUCCGUUUGAAUUGACCUCGCCAAUGAACAUCGGGUCACCCCGACGCCGCUGAUUUAGAUUAGACGUGCCUGGACUAAUCCUCUUGUAAACCCCUACUCGAAUAACUGUUCCUUUGUCCUAUUGGCGCAAUCAUCUGCGUAGGGUCUGUAUUUGCUGCCUGAAAAGAAUGCAACGUGAUUCAGAUCUGCCUCUGUGUUUUUCGAGAAAACACAUACUAUGACGCUCGAGUAAAAACGGGCAUUCGCGAAUUACUGUAACUUUUCGAUGUCAAAAUGUAGUGUACUUUUAAACACCAGUAUUAGAGAAGACGAAUUCAAGUUUCCUGUGCAUUACACCUGGGAAACGGUAUGUGGUGUAUGCGAACACUGAAACUUCACAGAGAGACCUAGCAUAACUUGAGUGCGGGUUUUCUCCGACAAAGACGGGUGGGAAGACUCGCCGGAAAGUAUUCAAUUUUACACGAAUGAGUUUGGACUCAUGUCACAUGCUGCUGUCGAUUAUAUCCUCCCCCGAGUAGUGUUUUCCACUUGAAAGUAAUGCCUGGUGGCUUUCGAUGUCCACUUCGUGAUCUAUAAUAUGCCUAGGAGAACUCUCUCUCUCUCUCGAAAGGUUUCACUUUAAAAUCCCCUUUGCAGAGACUGAAACACUCACCCUUCAAUAGUAACGAAGGGUCGAUUGUCAGGUAUCAAACAACGGACGACUUGCCUGUCUGUCACAAAAAUCUCCAAAUUAUAGCUUACUCCACGAGCGCUGGAAAUGCGAAAAAUAGUCCUAGGGACGCACCCAGACCACACGCCUUAUCAUACGAUACAGGUGUGCACGCAGUCUGUCAGUCCGGCCUCAUUUCCUGCUUGCAAUACCUGACUCCAACGAUCACGUUCCGACAAGUUAUCACGGACCUCCUCUGUCUUGACAACGCAAUUGUGUCUUCUUAAAAGUGCCUACUGGCUCACUUCGCCAUCACCCCUCCAAAAACAAACGUCCCUGCUGUGCCAGACCGAAGCGGGGUAAAUCGGCCGUGACACCCAUGAGACGGAGGCUUCACGCCACGUCGGUCUGACUCAAAACUGCCAGUGGCUGAUGCGUAAUCACUAGCUUACUUCUCAACUCUGCGUGUUGGGUACUCUCUCUCUCUCUCUCUCCCCAGUGCCCUUUGAUACCGACUCUGGCGUUUACUCUGCGAUUACUUAAACUGCUUUAAAGGAACCAAAGGCUCGUAAAAAGGAGGCGACCACAGAGAAGGCAAAGACGGAAUCUGCUGCCGCAUCCGCCGGACGAGCCCAAGCAUCCAAGACAAAGUCGGUGUCGCCGGAAAAACCUGAGGAACCAGCCGGCGGUUAGUUGUUUUCCUCUUUGCAUCAUUUGCGUUUGACCGAGUGACUGUUGAGUAUAUGCGUUAAAACUCGUAAUUCAGUGGCCGAGCAUGCACUUCGUCCAAAUCUCGCAGAGGGCCUUGAAUAAACUUGACAAGAGCUCAUCAGGACGGGCUGGACUACAUCCUGCCCGAUCGUUGUAAUAAAGGGAAAAAUAAGUAUUCCGAUUGGAAGUAAGACUUAUAAUUUUGCGGACUUUAGAGGGCUGUGCUGCAUCCUUUUUCGCACUGGUCUUUAUCUCCGUAGGUUUUGACACUGAUACCUUUCCUAUAGACUGGAGGCGAUGUGAAUCCAAUGACUGAUUGAGGUCGUAGGUCUUCUGUCAGAUGCUUCCAGUAUGAACUUUAGGGCCGACACAAUUUCCUGCAGACUGAGUAUUAAAGUCUUCUUAUGCACCGAAUGUCAGUGGCCCUUCUCCCCCGAGUUCGAUUUCCUCAGGUGGAUGCAAAGCUGCACAACUAAAGCCGACAUUUUGCCGAGAGGACCUGGCUCUGGAUUAAUAUUCUGACCCAUCUUGGUUGUUAUUUCCUAUUCGACAGCAUAUUUGCAUAUUUCGGUCACUGUUUUGACAGUUUGACUGACGCGGCAUCUAAGUAAUAAGUAUACUGACUAUGCCGAAGGCGGUAGGUGAAAUCCCUGAACACCAUCGGUCCUUCGUUUAAAUACCCAGAAGGAACCGACUGGCCCUCCUGAAGGCUCAGGAGCCUGUCUACUGGUAGUUCGCUGAUCAGAUUACGGAGCGUGCUCAUCCCGUUGCGCUCGCAGGCAGUCGCAUAGCGACCAGUGAGAAUGCGGGAAGGAGUAUCGACUGGGACGGCCAUUUCUGACUUGUCGGCUGUCGUAGGCCAGUCACACCUAACUCGAACUCCUUGGUCAUUGAGGGUUCCCAGGUCCGACGCUCGACCAGUAAGCUGCGAGCCAAUUGUCCCAUCCGGUUCUUAUCGGGAAUAGUAACUAUGGUGUAAGGACGUUCACCGGUCAGGUUACGGAAUAUGCUCAUCCUGUCGCAUCCAUCUUAGCCACAUUCACCCCCCCCCGCCCAUGGGUCCCGUGAGUUAGGCGCACUCAAUGUCCAUUGCUUUUCUUGAUUCUGCCCACCGCGUUGUAGAGGGUCGCCAACUGCGCGCCAGCACGACACGUUCGAGCGCGGAGACGACAGCAGCAGCAGCUCAGAGGUCCUCUGCCACCUCCGAGGUUGCCGCCAUCCGUCGAAAGGCCCUGCUGGCGGAGAUUGCCCAGCGCAAAAAUGUGCCCGAAGUGCGCCGUCUGACGCAGGAGGAGUUGCUGGCCGAAGCCAAGAUCACCGAAGAGAUAAACAAACGGUCUUUGGGUAAGCGCAAACUUACUAGAAGUUCUCUGAGGGUGUGUGUGUGUGUCAGUACAGUGGAUUCUGCUUGAUGACUUGUAGCCCGCUACCAGCGCCUCGAAAUUGAGCGUAAGAAGAAUCGCGUUCACAAGACGGUUAAUCAGCUGCCAAUGAUUCGCAUUCAUCACUUCGCCGUUCCGUCUGUGGCUGACCAACCCGAAGUGUACGGAGCAGCGGUCAACUCCGAGAGGUAAGCACACACAGAUGUAGGUGUAAUUUAUUUUACAUGGCAUAGUCCACUAUCAACGUUUAUUUGUAGGGCUAAUUGAACGAAACAGGCGGCUGUUAGUAGCUACGACUACCUCCCAGGGUGUGUCGUAGGGUGAAGGUUUGGUUAGUGCUGGCCUCCUACAACGGACCACCACGGCAGCCAGAUCAGGGUACGUUAUUUUGGGUGCGCACCCAUGACAGAUGUCACACACGGGUGUGGCAGCACGUCUAGGCACAGGCCCAAGCCGCGCUGGUCACUUGCGUCCAAUCCCUGCAUUAGAUGGAUGACUGGUGGCUCCGACAGUGGACUGGUGCGUGUGAGAGAGGAGAGAGAGGUCGACACUGGAGACUGCGUCCUCACAAACAAUCUGACGCGCUUCUAACCCCUCUAGAUACAGUGCGUGACCGAUCUCAUAGAAUGUUAGCAAACAUUCUGGAAUGCAUUUCCGAUUAGGAAGUAUUUCUUGAGUGGGGUUGUUAUACUGAUUAUCAUGCAGCAUAACCUUAUAACAUUCCGGACUCGCUAAGAUGUCGGCUUUUGAAUGCACUUCUUUUUGACCUCCUGCAGAAACAACACUUGGUAAAAAAAUGACUACUUAUGUAGCAUGCACUUUUCCCAUUGAUUUUCGAUAGUCCUAUAAAUUAAAAUAUAUUUUGCAGAAAACAUGUACAAAAAUAUGCUUUCUUUUGCUCAUUUGGUAGGAAAUUACACUUUCUUCAUAUUUUAUGCCCUAAGAAAGUGUAUAUUUAGGUUUUUGAAAAAGUUUCCCACUUCCCGAAUAAUUUUCAGCCUGGUCUACCACUGCAUCAACGUUUAGCAAUUUCAGUCUACAAGGUGCAUGCUUUCCGCGUAAUAAAAAUCAUGUAUUCCUUUAUACCUUGAAGAAGAUACCACACGGAGUUCAUGAAAUUUUGCAAUGGAUCCGGACUGUGUUGUACAUUUCAUGAGGAGCAUUAGUAAACGGACAUGUGUUGUCUUGCAUGCAUGGACAUCGCGCGGUCUUAAAAAUCUCAUAAUUAGAGACUUUUUAAAACCAAAAUAUACAUUUUCUUCGGGCAUAAACUAAGAAGACAAUGUGAUUUCCUACCAAAUGAGCGAAAGAAAGCGUAUUUUGAGCAUUUUUUCUGUAAAAUAUAUUUGAAUUUAUAAGACUCUCGAAAAUCAAUGGGAAAAUACAUGCUACUUCUUCUCAGCACCCCCACUCAGUAAGAUCUGAGCCGCUCCCCUUUUGUCUUUGCUUCAAAUCCUGAUCAGUGUGCGUUAUGGACUGGGGAGUAUGGUGGCACGCGUAAGUGCGGUUUUUUGCCAUGUCAGCCAACUUCCACCUCCCCGCCUCCGGUCUUCUUAAUUCCUUCAUGACAUCGAACUCAGGUGGAUGGGGGAGGAGCGGGUGCGGCGCAAGUUUGCUAUCAAUAUAAACUAAUUUACGAGCAAGUCACCGUUCCUGCGCUCCCCAUGCUUCGAGGCACACGGUGAACAUCGUCGUUAGCGACGGUCGAGCUGCCAUUUGGUCAGUACUCUGUUCGGCCGAACCCUGUUCUAGGAACUACUUCAUAUUAACAGUAUCAGAGGCUCUCGAAACUUUGCUCAGGCAAUAUUUGCCUCUGCAGCUGCUGUAUUGUUUUUUUCUUCCUUCUUGAAGACUGAUAGAAGGAGGAUUGGAGGGCAAGGCUUGGAAACGCGGCCACACUGGGAAAUGGGAAAACCCAGGCGCCUCCUAUACAGGAACCGUGGUAAUAGGGGUUGUAUAGGUGGAGCUACGGGAAAACACCGAAAGAUGUGUGAAAGCUUAGAGGAAAGGGGUGUGUUCGAGGUGAAUAUGCUAGUUUUUGUUAAUGGAUAUCAAAAUCUCGGUACAAGCAGCGCGCUAUACGCCAUGAGUAACUAAUAAAACCAACUCCAGUAGGAGUAAUGGUGAUUGACUUGUCAAGCUUAUUGAAACUGAACCACCCAAGUAGGUGGCCAGUCAGACGGAAGACGUAAAUGGACGUUGUGGGAAGGGAGUGCGAAAUUGGCAGUAAGCCAUAUCUCCAAAAACUGAGACAGAGGACCGGGUUGAGAACCUCCUAAACCGUGGACCGAACACCAUGCCUAGCUCCUAACGGUAAGAUGGAAAUGAGGAAGCUGUCGCUGGUCGUAACCGUAAGGAAUCAAAUGGACCCCAAACCAAACACCGAGAAUUAACUCUAACCCAAACUAUUACCCUACAUCCAACCCUAACCCCAACCCUAGGUGUGCUAACUUUAGCACACCUACUGAAAUAAAUACUAGUAGCAUUUUUGUAUGUGGCUGCAUUCAAGUCACACGAGAAUAGCCCUCGCUGAUCUCGCCGGAUUUUGGGUGUAAAUGGUUAUUUGUAGCCCCAUAUCCCCACUCCACUGUCCCUGAUGUUAGUAGCCGUUCUUGGUGACUACAGGCCAGCAAUUGUCUAUUCGUCGGGUUCUGGGGCCUACCCAUUUUUUUUAGCCAGCUUUCGUUGAAGACUAUUCCGUCACCCAUCGUCAGCAGAUGCGCCAUGUAGUCAUCAAGUCGAUUGACUGGCAGGCCACAUCUUUGCGCAACCGGAUCUGCCAAGAGCACUGACUGAACUAUGAUUGACAUCGACCUCGCUUUGCUUUGGGCAUAUUUUGGGCUGAUUAUGAUUAAGAAUUCAGUAUUUAUUUGCGCCACUACCACUCGAAACUUCGGGUAGUGUUACGAAGAAAGACUAGACGUAUUGGAAUGGCUGUUUGCGGCUUUUUAGAUUCCACCAACCGAUUAUAUACAACGUUGAGUGUUAGCCAACCGGGGAGAGGGGGUUGAACCUGCGACUGGUGAGCCGCUGAGCUACCAGGCUCGCCUCAUGAGUCUAAGGUUCAAGAGAAUGCGAUUUUUCCUGCCUACAUGACGCAACUAAGCAUUUGCGUUUUGCUCAUGGAGUACCACCACCUUCAUUCGUAGAUGCGAGGUUUUACCAGCCAGAAGUCACCACCCAACGGCCUCAGUUGGCUUUGACUGACUGACUGUCAUUUUGCGACAGCCUGGAUGGACGCUAGACUCCUAGUUCCAGGGCAAAACGGAAAUGCUCAUUUCCACCCAUCAGUCAGGGCGGGGAUCGUUGGACGCCCUCUCUCUCUCUCUCCCUGGUGAAUUAUGUGACAAUCUUUCUGCGCCACUCAUAUGCCCUAUGAAGCAGGCGGGAUGUGGCCCUGGGCCCAGUUGGUACAGUGUACAGCUCAAUUACCGGUCGGACUCGAGUUCAAACCUGAGUUCGCACAGCCUCGUUGUCAGACCUAGGGAUCCCAGCUGUUCAGGUAAGAUACGCGAAGACAUAGGGAAGAUUGAGAAGUCAUGAUGUCUGGGUCGCAAAAGCCUCGAAGGGGAUAAGGGAAGAAAGAAGUUAGUCGAAUCAUUGUUAAGUUAAAGACAUCGUUUUCAUUUCAAUACAAAGAGGCUAAAUGAUUGCCUUAUAUCGUAUGCCAAAGCGACCCUUGCAACGGGCCAAGUUGUAGACACGCUGAACCAAGACUGAGAUCAGCUCGGCUCACGGUACGCCUUGAUCUGCGCCACUCGUAUGCCCUAGGAAACAGGCGGGGUGUGGCCCAGGGCUCAGAUGGUACAGUGUACAGCUCAUUUACCGGUCGGACUCGAGUUCAAACCGCAGUUGGCACCGUCUCAUUGUCAGACCCAGGGAUCCCAGCUGUGUUCAGGUAAGAUAUUUCAUAAUAACUGCUACUCGAAGACAUAGGGAAGAUUGAGAACAGAACAGGAUCAUUGUGGAGGUAGGGUGGGUUGGGGAGUCCGUUGUGUAUUGCAGAAGUCAUGAGGUCGGGGUCGCAAAAGUCCAUCUCUGAUGAGAGCACUUGGUGAGCCAAAACAAACGCGGCUGAAGGCGGACUCUUAGAUUCAAGAAAUCCGUAGUGUUGGAAAUAACGCUAAAUUACACAUAUCUUAGUUCUCGACGCUCAUUCUCUAAGUCAUGGAGAAACGUGUUCGAAGGGGAUAAGGGAAGAAAGAAGUUAGUCGAAUCAUUGUUAAGUUAAAGACAUCGUUUUCAUUUCAAUACUAAGAGGCUAGAUGAUUGCCUAAUAUCGUGUGCCAAAUCGACCCUUGCAACGGCCACGCUGUAGACACGCUGAACCAAGACUGGGAUCAGUUCGGCUCACGGUACGCCUUGAUCAUGCUGCACGGAAUCUGUUCGAGCCCCUAAAUACUGCCGUACGCGGAGGGUGUGGUAUCACGCCUAGACCCAGGCCUUCAUGCCGCGUUGACCACUAAACCAACACCAGUUGACUGACAAGCGUUUUAUUUCGACCUUAGACCUCUUGCUGUUUGCUAUAAUUUGACCCCUGCUUUGGUGCGUAAAAAGUUGGCUUUAUUUAUUGAUAUAUUUCGAUUAUAAUUUUAACCAAAGAACCAAAACUCUGCUUUCUUCUAACAGCCUCAUUUGUGGUCUGGUUUCUGCUGACAAGUCAGAGAUUUAAGAUAUUUGCAUUUUGACGACAAACGUUUCAUGACUGAAGGACAGUUUUUUUCCGUUUGGAUAUUUAGAAAAUGACUGCGACCAUUAGCGACCGUUCCACAGCCAUAUAGGUUGCAAACCUAAUAGCGGAGCCCUGCUUUGGGCCACGCUACGCCGCCUCCACAUAUGAGUAUGUCACAUCAUUGGUGACAUCGCUGGAGAAUUGGGGUCCUCUCUGUAGCAUUAUCUCCUGCAACGCCGUCUCACACUAUGUCUAGUUUGCAUCAAUUUUGGUCCUCAGUUGUCACUUUAUCGCCCUCUGCAUGUUGGCUCAUCGGAGGCGGCUAACCACUUCCGCUUCCGCUGAACUCGGAGACAAUUAGGUGUCAUCCUUUCCGGCAUUUCAAGAUUUCUUUCUAACCUGUCCUCUCAGCCUCCUUCUCUGCCCCGACCAGUUCGCUCUGCACAGCGUGGAACCUAAUUGUUUUACCCAUCAGGGUGUACAUAUUUGAACUGAGGUGGUGGAAGGCAGGGAUUGUAGAGAAUCUAUGUCAUCUCUGCGUUCUCCUCUCUUCUGUCCUACAGCGGGGAAGUGGAACUCUGUCAGAUGCUGGUGGAUCGAGAGGCCAAGUGUUCUCGCACCCUAGUUACCUUCACGGAUCCGGCCUCAUUCGCGGCCGCCUUUCCCUCCGCCGCUGCGGCCUCCCGGCAACAGCAAAUGACCUCGAAGCAGCCGGGUCGGCCGCGGAAACGGACGCGCUACUGUCCCCUCACUGGCCGACUGGCACGCUACGUCGACCCCCUGACACGCACUCCCUACGCCGAUCUGGCUGCGUUCCGGGCUCUGCGCUACCUCUACCGGUUACACCUGGAGACGGGCACCCCAGCCAUUGAUCUGCUACGCCAGUAUCGAAUGGGCCAGCUACGCGUUCCCGAGGCUUGA